AGCAGUGGCAAGUUGCCUUCCUGAAUGUCUGCACCCGGGAAAGCCCCGGGACAGUGUCUUGCCUGCCCCCCGGUAAAGUAUGUCCUGUUUCUUCCAACACCUUGCAGGUCGUCCGUCCAGAAUGCCAGAGGAAAGUUCCCCCAGAAGGAGUCCUCAGCAUGUCCCUUAUCAGGACCUUCCCCACAUGGUCAAUGCAGACGGGCAGUACCUCUUCUGCAGAUACUGGAAACCAGCAGCAGUCCCAAGGGCCCUCGUGUUUAUCGCUCAUGGCGCUGGGGAACACUGCGGCCGCUAUGAUGACUUGGCCCAGAUGCUGACAGGACUUAACUUGUUUGUGUUUGCACAUGACCAUGUUGGCCAUGGGCAGAGUGAAGGGGAGCGUAUGGUUGUGUCCGAUUUCCACAUUUUCAUCAGAGACAGCUUGCAGCACAUUGAACUCAUGAAGAAGGAACACCCUGGCCUGCCCAUUUUCAUUCUGGGGCAUUCUAUGGGUGGAGCCAUCUCUAUUCUAACUGCAAGUGAGAGGCCAAAUGACUUUUCGGGCAUGGUUUUAAUUUCUCCUUUGGUUGUAGCAAGCCCUGAGGCAGCAACACCCAUCAAGGUUUUUGCAGCAAAAGUGCUCAACUUUGUCCUACCAAACCUGUCCCUGGGAUCCAUAGAUCCAAAUGUGGUUUCCCGGAAUAAGAAGGAGGUUGAAUCUUACACAUCUGAUCCCCUGGUCCACCAUGGAGGAAUGAAAGUCUCCUUCGUCAUCCAGCUGAUGAAUGCCAUUGCCAGAAUAGAGCGGGCCCUGCCCAAAUUGACCCUGCCAAUCUUGGUCCUGCAUGGCUCACCCGACAAGCUCUGUGACAUCAAAGGAUCCUAUCUCCUGAUGGACACAGUGCUGAGCCAGGAUAAAACACUCAAGGUGUAUGAUGAGGCCUAUCAUGCUCUCCACAAAGAGCUGCCUGAGGUCAGCACUGCUGUCUUUAAAGAAAUACUGACCUGGAUCGGUCAGAAGGUCGCAGCUGCUGAAGAAUCCAGCCACACUUAAGAGUAACCAUCUUGCUACCUGCUAAGUGGUCACGGGGAUCUUCUGGGGAUGGAAGCUUUUCUUUAAAAAAAAACGUCUCUUUUGGAGAAGAUGUAGAUCGGAGGGACUCCUGGAAUGUUUUUCUCUGAAUAGCGCAGGAGGGACACUCCCGUCAUUUAGAGAGGCAAUUGCCCUAAAAGAGCAAGGGAGGAUGUAGCAGUGGGAGCCCCCAUUAUAAACUUUCCAGGCUGGGCAUUACACUAAAGAAGCCUUCCCCCAUUCCCUCCCCCCACAAUCAAUCUAUUGCCCUUCUUCUUUGUUCACCCUGGGAUCCCUGAUGUACCAAGGGUGUAUUUAUACUGCAAUAAUCUUUGGAACGUCACUAGUUCAGCAUCUUCCAUUUUGUACAAUUUCUAUGCCAGCCAUGGACAGUUGCUUCCCUGUCCCCUCAGUCCUAGCCUACGCUGUAUAAAAAGUCCUUGUCCUUGAGAGGCGAAGACUGGUGAGUUAGCAAGGAGCAUAUGGGAGGUGGCAGGUGCUGAGCCCAAGUGGGAUCCUUCGGCCCUUGAAGGUGAAAGGCUUCUUUCAAGGUCUGACUGAUUUAAACAUCGCCUCUAUUCACACAUAAUAGGGAGUACAUAGUGACCCCCCACCCUUCAAGUUUGCACUUUGGAAAAGCAUGUUUCAUAGGUCUUUAAUUCCCAGCACUGUGGCAGCACUGCAGGAGGGAGAGGACUAAUGCCAGAAAAAAUACUUAAAAAACUACAAAGCACAUUCAAAAUCAGACUACUUCCAACUACUUCUCCCCUCUGCAAGAUGAACUUCUCUGUAAAUAGUCUUAGGGGUUACUUUGUUAAUUAAUUACUUGUGCUACUGAUACUUAAGAGGUAAAGUCAAAGAUUUAUUUAAGAGAAACUAUUGAUAUAAUAUAUAUUCUGUGUGUAUAGGCAGCUUGGAGCUGCGGAGAAGGAAAGGAGCAGAGUUUAAAGAAAGAAGGAGAAUCAGUUCCCAUCCUGUUCUGUUUCCACCAUGGCCAGAGGAGUGUUGACCCACCAAGGUCCACUCCUUUCACCAUAGUUUUACAGGAAGGAUCUGGUGUCUUCCCUCAUCAGUUGGAGAAUGGCUUGAAAAAUGCUAGAGACCCAAGCUCAAAGCAUCUGGUGGGAGGGGAAUGAGCAGCGUACAUCCUCGCAGUCCACCGCUGGAUAGCCAGAUAUGAGCACUGCAAUACUAGGACUACCCAUACCACCAUGCCCAGGCCAGAUUGACACUGCUGAAUCCGUCACAGGGGACAGCCAUUCACAGGAAAGCUUCCAGAUCCAUCAGAUUCUCAUAUUAGAUGAUAGAUAGAUCCUAGGAAAGCUUUCUAUGUGAAGACUCUCUCAUUUGGAGAUAAGGUCACAGGGCAUGUCCGCCUCAGGCAUUAUACCAGUAUAACAUAAUUACACCAGUGGUGUGCUGCUGGAGUGCUUCGCCUUGGAGCAAAGCCCUAAUUACUAAUUGACCUCUGCCCGAGUGCAAUAGCUAGAGCUCCAAAAGGAAGGAAUUCAACUUACCCCUCUCGCGCCUUGUGCGUUACAACAGGCGUUCUGGAAGGAGAGGGGAAAGGAUUUAAACCCAGAGAAAAACAAUAGCUUCCACGAUAGUAGGGAAACAGCCUCCUGAAAUGGGCAUUUCACAGAAGCUGGAGUCACCAUGGUUUCCCUUGCUGCCUACCCUCUGCCUCUUGCCUGGAGGAAAGAUGGGGGCAUUUUUCACCUGAACAUCUUCACAACAGGAUCAGUGGCUUAUAGGCAUCACACCCAUACUGCUUCAGUUUCACCUUUCGGAGCCAGCUCGUGGCAGGAAUCAGGAAAGGAAACCUUGUGCAAUAACAAUCAGACUAACUUUAAUUAGGUCUGAUCUGUCCUCUAGUGAGUAUGUGAAUGUGAGAAGGCAGUGGACCCACAGCUUUGUCCGUGUAGCUGUUUAGUAGAUCCAGUCAGAUAUUCUGAUUUCGACAGACCAGCUCUGGCAUGUGUAUGCUUGUGGCUUCCUGCCUGCCAAAGAAGAGAUGGUUGUAGUUCUCACCAGCUCAGUUGCAUUUGAAUUCAAAUGCUUGCCCAGCUCUUACAAUCAACUGCUACCCCCAGCUCUUCUACUGCCCCACCUGCUCCAUUGUAUUGAUUUGUUAGGACAUCUUUCCACUAAGAGUAGGUUCCCCUGACAGUUGCCAUGAGCUGGGGAGAACAAGUGAAAAUGGAGAGGUGGGAAACUCUGCCUGCCUCUUAGGCUUGUAGGGACCUUUGGUGUGAGCCAAGGGUAACAGAUGUUCAGGCAAGAUGGGGAGUAGCAGAAGUCAUUUAUAAAUAAAAAGAAGAGAUUUAAGAGGGGAGGAGAUUUGCCAGAGCACUUGGUAUUAGCACAGAUCCACUCCCAUGGAAGUACAAAGGAGUUUUACUGUUGACUUCAGCGGGAGCAGUGCUGAGCACUUUGAAGUCUCUCCCUAAAGGGAUAAGCACUUAAAAGAAAAGGGAACUAACUCUAAAGCAUCAAGGUCGGAGUCCUGCUGCUCCCAAGACCCUGGAUGUAGCCAAAGGAAGGUCUGUGGUUAGUGUCUUUAAAAAAGUGUUCUUCAGGCUGGUCCUCCUGAGCUCUGAAGCACUAGAGAAAAAAAGAUGAUGAUCGAGAGAUUUAAAAAAAAUCUCUCCAGCUAAACUCAGCAAUGUCCUAUGGGCUGAAGAUACUGCACUGGACAUUAAACAAACCCCAAAUUAAAUGGAGAUUGCCAUGGCGUUCAGCCACUUUGCUGAAGAACGGUCUUUUAGGAAACUGCAACUGGGAGACCCAGCUGAAGCACGAAGGCUAGUUUCUAACAGACUUAAAUUAACAUCUCUCUCACAGCUCACCCUUAAAUCCAGUGGCAAAGGGCCAAACCCUCAGGUGGCGCAAAUCAGGGUUUAAAACAAUCAGACAGCUGGGUGUAAAUCAUCAUAGGUUCUCCUAGAUCCUGUGAGCUGCAGUGAUCUUCUCUAUAUCAGCUAGGGAUCUGAGCCUCAACCUUUCAGUUUGUGCUCUUUAGAUGAGCCAUUGUCACAUAUCCAAACUGGUUUACACUGACACAUCACAUAGGAAAUCCCUUCACGGGGGACUUGGCUGGCAGCAGGCAGCACUGCCACUUAUGGGAAUAUAAUACUUUAUUUUCAAAUAGCGUGCACCGUUUCUGAGGAGCACUGCUGGCCUUAUGAACUUCCAGAUUGCUGUGCUGAAAUAAACAGGGACAAGUCUGCCUUUGAGAACAGGGUGCAUUUAUGACAGCAAUAGUAGUCUGUAACUAUUGUAGAUACCACUACCCAUACUGCGCAUAGCACCAGACGACCAUAUCCUCAAUGUAUUAUCCACCUGGUUUUCUAUUUAGCCUGCUCUUUUUAUAUUGGCCACUCUGCCAGCAUAAAUUUGUUGAGAUCACACUUAUUUUUCCAAGUAAUUUCUGAACCUGUCUUUUGUUUGACUGUACUCCAGUUAAAAAAAAAAUAUAUAUAUAUAUAUACACAUAUAUAUACACACAUAUAUAUAUACACAAACACAUACAUACACAUAUUUUCAGUGGGAAUAAUGUGUUCAGGCUUAACAUUCUGAAAGGAACACAAUGUAUACUGCAACUAAUAAUAAAGUUAUGUUUUAUGAA